AUGAAUUAUCGAAAAUUAAAAGUACAGGAAGUGGGAACAGAUACUUAUAUUGACUACGAAGCGAAUUAUCAACGAGUACCAUGUGCAUGCGCAUAUCAUCCAAGCCAUGAUGUUUGUGCAGUCAGCUAUGAUAAUGGCAAAAUUCGUCUGUAUUCAACUUAUAAUGACACUCUAGAAUUAAUCAAAGAAUUUACUUGCCAUUCCCAGUGUAUAUUUGCGAUUGCUUGGAUAAGCGAUCGAUUAUUAUGUGCAACAUCAGGCGAUCAAACAACAGUAAUUUAUGAUAUUGAGACAGGUGCUGAAAUCGAUUUAUUACGUGGCCAUACAAUGAGUGUUCGAAGUGUUAGUAAAUUACACUACAGCACAUAUGUAUUAGCAACAGGCGGACGAGAUUCCAUCAUUAAUAUUUAUGAUCGUCGUUAUACAAAAAAACAGGGAGCUUUGUAUCCAAUCAGCUCCAUCGUUUGUGCUCACAUAAGUUCAACAGCGUUACAAAAAUCAGCACGAAAAGAUACGCGCAGUGUAACUGCGGUAGAAUUUCAAGAUGAACACAAUUUAUACUCAUGUGCAUGUGCUGAUAGUGCACUUAAAGUAUGGGACUUACGGUAUACUUAUUCACGGUUAAACAUAAAUCAUAUGCCUAAACCGAAGCGUAUGUUUUGCGUACCGAUUGAUGAUGUCAAGUUAAUCAAUCGGCUAGCUGGCUUUUCUGAUAUGAAGAUGGAUUCCAAUCGAACGACCCUUUUUGCCAAUUGUACAAAUAGUAAAAUUUAUCAAUUCGAUCUACAUGAAAGUGCUUAUUCGACGACGACUACACCCAAAAUUUCUUCUUAUAAUGGCCAUCGUGUGGGAUCUUUUAACAUAAAAAUAGCAAUUAGUCCACAUGAUCAACUUUUAUUAACAGGAUCUAGCGAUUUUAAUUCAUACCUUUAUCGAAUCAACCAACCAUCCAUCGAGCCAAUGAAAAUUGAACACAAUUUCGAAGAAGUAACAGCCGUUGCUUACCAUCCAACUAAUCCAUUCUCGUUUAUUACAUGUUCGGAUGAUUUUCAAGUUCGUCUUUGGUCAUUAUCCGUCGAUAAUGAAAUGUCCACAUCAACAUGUUCGUCAUCAUCAAAGAAUCUCUCGCAAAAUAUUGUAACACUUCUCCGACAUCGUCAGUAUGGUUUCGCGACCCGAAAAGCUCUUCUUUCAUCAGUUUUUCAUACGGUUUCACCUCUCGUACGUUCCCUAUCAACAAUCUCACGACGAAAAUCUUCUUUAUCAAAUCUACCUGUCUGCAAAACUAAAAGCAUUGGUAGUCGAAAACGAACCGUCUCAGAAAACGACGAAAACCGUCGUGACUAUACUGACGAACAAACUUGCAAACGUUUAUGUCGAUCAUCCGAAUGGAUUUUUGGUGAUUCUCAAUUGACGCUUUUCAAAUCUAUAUCUACCAUUGACAAUCGUACAUCGAUUAUCACUGAACAACCACCAACAUAUCUAUUGUCGAAAUCAGAAGAAUACUUAUCAAACAAUACCAAUCGACGCUAUUCAUCUGACAAACAACAAACACUCGACACACUUUCAACUCUUGUUCUUUCUCAGUAA